CUUCGAAAAAGCCAUACACCUUUCCGGCUACCCGUUUCCAUGUUUUGUCUGAAGGCGGCGCUCCCUACGGGGCAUGGCGCGGAUAAUUGGUGAAUAUAAGGUACAGAUAGCGCGUCUGGUCCCCCCACAACGCGCUGCAUCGUUCAUUUUCCAACAACCGGCCCCGUAUUUCACGAUUCAACUACACCGCGCUUCUAAGCUUCGCAUUGGUCGAUAGCAUCGCUGUGUAAGCACUCUAUUGUCCUAAGCUUGGAAUUGUUGUGGGUCUCUUGGUCUGCCGUAACGAGAGUCAACAUGGCGCCCAACGAUAUCACCCCUGUUCCAGCACCGUGGAAGCUCAAGGGCGACAUCUACCUCUUCAGCUUCUGGGUCUCCGGACCGCAGGCAGUGCACCCGCCCACCAUCACUUACUCCCCGCUCGAAGCGAACUCGUCCUUCAUCCGCCCGGAAGGCAGCAGGCCGCUGGGCGGAAUCAGCAUGAUCCAGAUUAUCCGAUAUACCGAGAGUCCUGUUGGUCCAUAUGACGAAUUGAUUCUGUGCCCGGGCUUUCAUGAGUAUACCGUCGAGGAGAAUGGAAAACGCAUCAAGAAAAAGAACGCAAGAAUCACACGAAUAUACGUUUCUCAAAAGUACACCUGCUGGAAUGGCCGGAAGAACUGGAAUAUUCCAAAGCAUCUCGCCGCCUUCGACUGGAAGACGAACGCGGACGGCAGCACAAGCGUCAAGGUCUUCCCCCAUGACACGUCGGGUGACGUCAAGGAAGCAUCCGCGAGCGCCACUCCGCUGUUCCAAGCAACCUUUAAGCCCAUCCCAUACGUCCCAUCGUUCCCUCUCUCGCUUGGUAUCUUCAAGUACAUGGGUGUGGACCCGACCCUCGUUCAGCCUCCGCUUCCAGAGGGUGACGGCAGUCAAGGUGAGUUGCCUGGGACAGAUCGAUGGUGCAGCAUAUCGCCCGGUCAGAGCUGCAGAAGGGCGAGCCUGGGAUGGUUCGACAUUCGGCAAGCAGACGAAAAAGGGAAUCUCGUUGGCGAGCACGAGAACUUCUGGCCGGGUCUCGGGCGUUGGCAGAUCGGGCUGAAGAUGGAGAACUCAGACGUGACUUUUGCUGAGCCGAAACACUGGAAUGCCCCCAGGUCUGUUUUAUAGCCGACUGCAGUUUCUCGUUGUAGUAUUGAGACUUUCUCGAGCGAAACGUUAACAGAACGGGGAUGUUGUGUAUGAUUGAGUGAAGCCAGCCAUAGUUGUAUGUUUGUGGGCCCGCUUUCUUGCCCAAGUACCUCAUUCUUAUUCGUGACAUUGUACUUGGUAUGUAUACAAUUCCCACGCAUUUUUCGAUGCAAAGUUAGCUCUCUCAUUCUUCGCCAUCAACUACGAUCAAGAAAUUGAUGUAUUGUUUAUAGUUGCGAGAUCGACAGCUCGAAGAAUUUCGGUAUGAGUUAAUUUAAUCCUUCAAGUAACUCAUCAUCAAGCACUGAUCUGAAUGCCGAAGCUUGCGAUCUAGUCGUAUUGAUAACUAUAUAGUUUUAAGUCUCAUAUAGCUGUAUACUAGAUGUAUCGCAAAGGAACUCGCCAGAUAAUGCCGCU